GGGUGGGGAUCGGCCGUCUAUGCUAUUGGGAGACGAAACGAGACGACCGACUGGGAGUAGUGGGACCAUAACUGCUAUGAUUCCCAUUUCCCUUCGUCGCUGGCGGUGCUAGUAGAGGUCGAUAGAACCUCAUCCUUCGCUCGCCUUUAGGCGACGCAUGUCGACUUUCGUGGCUCGAUGAACAUACGUGGCUCGAUUGGCUUUCAUGGCCGCAGCAUCGUUCUCUCCAUCGAGGAACCCUCCCGGCGUUCUUGCACGCAGAGGGUAGUAAUAAUACAAACUUACUACUCAACGUUGCUUCGCCAGGCGUUCUUGACCUGCGGUAGCCGGACCAGUUGUUGAGAUCGCGUCGGAAGAUUAAUUGUAAUACAUACUCACGACAUAUUUACUACUCACCUAGUAACACCUAAAAUAGCCGUCAUGGGUUGUUUCGAGUUUCUCUUUGGCGAGGAUGCCGACGGGCUCGGGGCCGCCAUUACCCGUUGGACCAUGGAGGAUUUUGAGGAGCGAUAUGAACAACGCCUACGUGGCUGCAGCACGUCUGGCCGAGAACCGUCGGGUGCCACGUCAGCAUCCACUGUGAUCAACGUCUUGCCCACAUCCGACGGCAUUGAAGGCUCCAGCCAACAACCAACGGUUCGGAUGCAGUCUCCGCCAUGGCAACCCCGCCCACCCGCCACAGUAGAGCCCUGCCCGAGAAAGCCCCUGCCCAUGUACCCCACGGUGGAGCUGAGGGAGCUGGCUGAGGCCAUCGGGCGGGACAUCAUCCACGGCAAUCCCGAGGUGACGUGGGACAGCGUCAAGGGGCUGGAAGGCGCCAAGCAGCUGCUCAAGGAGGCUGUCGUGAUGCCCAUCAAGUACCCACAAGUCAAGGGGUUGGAGUCGGCGAAGCAGCUGGUGAAGGAGGCCGUGGUGAUGCCCAUCAAGUACCGGCAGUACUUCACGGGGCUUCUCGCCCCCUGGAAGGGCAUUCUGCUGUUUGGCCCUCCGGGAACUGGCAAGACCAUGCUGGCUAAGGCAGUGGCCACGGAGUGCAGCACCACCUUCUUCAACGUCUCUGCAUCCACCAUCGUCAGCAAGUGGCGCGGCGACUCUGAGAAGCUAGUGCGCAUGCUGUUUGAUCUGGCAAGGGCACUAGCGCCGUCGACCAUCUUCAUGGACGAGAUCGACGCCAUCAUCAGCCACAGAGGGGGCGGCACGGGGGAGCAUGAGGCGAGCAGGCGGCUCAAGACGGAGCUGCUGAUCCAGAUGGAUGGCCUGAGUCGCACAUCGGACCUUGUGUUUGUGCUGGCUGCCACCAACAUGCCAUGGGAGCUGGACAGUGCCAUGCUGCGACGCCUGGAAAAGAGGAUUCUGGUGCCUCUACCUGACCCGGAAGCUCGACGAGCCAUGUUCUCUGCGCUGCUGCCCCGACCCCACAGGGAAGCUCCUGGUGCUGGCAGACUGCAAGCAGACCAGCAGUGCAGGGCCUAUCAGGGGGAGGGCGUCGGCACCAAUCCCGCAAUGAACGUGAGUGGAGUGAGGAUGGCAGGGCGGAGCAAGAGUUCGGGAGUGAGGAAGGAGGAUACGAGUGCGAGAUGGUGUGACGGGAAGGUUGCGAGAGGGCAGAUUAACGGAGUGGAAUGGACGGUGAUGGCUAACGGUCGAGUGAGGGGCUCGAGCGAGAUUGGGGAGGAGAUUAGUGCGGGUGACGAGGAGACAGGAGAAAAGGGAGGGAGGGAGGGGAAAGAGGGGCAGACGAAGCAGGAGGUGGAGAGGGAGUGGGUGGAGGAGAUAAGGUUGGAGGAGAUGGUUGCAGCAACGGAGGGGUAUUCGGGGUCGGACAUCCGCCUACUGUGCAAAGAAGCUGCCAUGAGGCCGCUCAGACGACUCAUGGUGGAGCUGGAAGGGCGGGAGAAGAGGGGGAGGGCGGAGAGGGGGGAGCAUGGGCAGCAUGGGAAGAAGGGGGAGGAGGAGGAGGGGGAGGAUGGCACAAACAGACUCGGGGAGAGGACAAGGGAGGAGGGGAGGGAGACGGAGAGGGAGCGAGACGGGGGAGCAACGGCGGAGCAAGAGCAGGAUGUGCUUGGGCCGAUCACCCAUGAGGACAUGCAGCUGGCCCUCAUAGUGACCAAGGCACUGGGUAGGGUGCACUCUGAUAGAUAUCUUGCCUUCGACCAAGAAUUUGGCAGCAGAUCCGUGUAACAUUCGGUACUUGUACAGUACAUUUCUAUAUGAUAUAGUUCCAGUUGUAAAUGAUGUUUGAGGUGCCUCAAAAAUCGUACU